UAUUUCUGAAUCUCGCAUCAUUUAGUAUUCACUUACAUGUACGCCUCGAACAAGGUGGAGAACAUCGGUUACUUCACUCCAGAACAAGGUAAACAGAGAAAGAAGCAGACAAAACAAGAUUCUAAUGAGAAACCACAUCUAUCAGGUAUAGCAGCAACCAAACUUCAGUGCUCGGCAAGAUACAGCAGUGGGGAUCUUGCAGAUCAGUCAAGUUCUGACUCCAAUAAAAAUGAACCUUUCCAGGAAAUUCCCAAACAGAAAAAAACUGUUCGUAGGCACAGAAGAACAAGCAGUGCUGAGUCAAGCGUCUCAUUUUCUCUUUCGUCCAAGAAAAAUAUUGAUUUUUCCAGCAAAGAUCGAGGUUAUUUUGAGUUCAAAUUGGGAUUGGAAGGCGGUGCCGUUAAACUGCCAUUUUGUAAACUUGAGUUCCCACCAAAUUCUGUCGAAAGAGAAAUGACUAUCAGUGUGAAACCAGUCUAUACUCAGUGUCCAACGAGAAAUGAAAAAAAUAUUCUCUUCCUGACAUCAGCAAUUUUUUUCAAGCUUGACGAAUUGCUUGAGAAAACAAUCAAGAUUAGAAAACCAGUUCAUAUAUUUCUUGCAACUGAGCGACUGUCAAAGGGCACAUCUAUAAACGUUAUUAUCCAAAAAGCUAGUGACUAUAAGAAGUUGAACUGGGAGAAAUUGACCAGGAAGAAAAUUACAGUUGGAAAGUAUAUUGAAUGCCACGGCAGAUUAUUAUGUGGCUUCCGUGCAGUCACUUUUUCAGCGAUCAACUCGCUGUUGACACUAUACAAGUACAUUGUCUACAUCAAACGUCCCACAAAUAUUAUUGAUCCUUUACAACAAAUACUCGUCAUUAAACUUUAUGUUGAUGAGCUGAAGUGCAGGCCUAGUGAAAUUCUACUUGAAGGGAAUAUUUAUGCGAGGCAUGCAUCAAACCUUGAGUUAACACUAAAUGGGAAUAAAAAGGUCAAUGUGAAGAACAAAAAUCAAACUUUUACCAUUCCAGACAUAAAUGGUGACAAUGAAUCUCUGGAGCAAGACAUUUGCUCAUUUUGCUUAGAAAAAUGUAAUCCAGAUUUCCCGAUCUCUCAAGAUAUGGUUGUUCACCUUUACCUUGAAAUCAAAUCAGAAGAUGAUUCAAAACCAUCCAAAUUUCCAUUUUAUUGGUCCAAGGACUGCACUGUGCCCCCGAUCCACAUGCAUGUAUCGAAUGGAGGAACUGGAAUGAAAAAUGAAUUUUAUCUAUUGAAGGAUGGAUCUGCUCAUUAGUGAUCAUGAACACUUCUUAUAUAAACUUUAAUGCGAUUAGUGAAAAUAUUGAUCUAAUAAUCACAAAGAGCAUGUACAAAUUUGUUCAGUACUUUACCAAACAAACCUCUUUCAUAUCUGAAACUUGACCUCAAUUGUUUCGUAAUUUCUAAAAUUAACUGUGCUCAUUAAAAGCAAACAAGUUACUGACAAUGUUACAUUGUUUAUUAACAAAAUUCAUGUAUCAACAAUACUAGCUAUUUUAAUUUCUUGUUUCUAUGAGCAUCAAAUACCUGUUUAGGUUCAAAAAUCAUGAAAACAAUUUUUUGUGUGUCUAUAUAUUCGGCAAUGUAUAGAGAAAAUACUUUUUGUAACAAGUAUUAUUUGAAUCUUUUAUUUUUAAAUGAAUUCUGUUGUUUUUAACUGUUACUGACUAUACUAUAUGAAUAUGCCAAAUAUAGAACUAUGUAUCGAGGGUUGUUAAUCACAACGUUUUAAAAACUUGAAUUUGCAAAUUUAUUUUUGGUUUUAAAUAGUGAUAAAUGAAUUGAGUUUUUGUGAUGUUAAAAAAUAUUAACUUUUUUUACUUUCAGCUCUCUAUAUAAAAUUGCCUAUAUAAAUAUGCUCUUUUCUGCCUAAUUCAUUUUUUUAUAAUGAUCCAUUUUAAUAAUUUAAAUAUUACAUACUCAUUCUGUAAGUUCUGCCAAAUAACAUCUAACCUUUGAACUUCCUCUAUUUUUUCUCUUUUUGGCCAAAUGCACUGUAGUACUAAUGAUGCAAAUUUUGUAGCAUUCCUUCAAAAAUAUAAUUUAUUUUAUAAUGACAAAACUGUUAAAGUAUAUUCUGUGAAAUAGUCUGCGAUGAAGUUUUGAAUUAGCUGUUCAUGACUUGGUUGCUUUUUAUUGCAAUGUUAAAUUAAUUAAUUGUUGUUUAAUCAAGUAAUGAUAAUAAAUUUUUGUUUUUGUGAAAAUGCAAAAUGUCUACAAUUUGAUACAAUAAACACAAAUAGGAUAUAUAAGACAACCAAAGGGUAUUUGAGGAGGCUCGAUUCCCUUCCCAUCAGACCUUCUAGGAAGUAUCAAAUUUUCAAGAGUCAUUGUCAGUGUUCAGAAGACGACAUGAUAUGAUUCACCAUGUUUCAUAAAAAUAAAGUGAAUUAAGUCUCUCGAACAAAAGAACUUGACUAACCACCUCGACAACUUGAGAAUUUAAAAUAAAAUCUGGGCGAGUUUAUACUCACGAGUAUGAAAUCCUUUGCGACCUGACCUUGAAACAGCAGCGAUUAGCGAUUGUAAAAUUUCAAAAUACAGAAUUGCGAUAUAGGAAACCUAAAACUGGCAAUUACAAAUUUGAAAUGAAUUAAAUAUGCAAAAUCAAGAGUGUGGACACCUCAUUGUCACUUUUCAUGUACUGAAUAUGACCUAAAUUACACACCUAUCUAUAAAAAUUCUAUUUGUUAAAUCUAUUAGUAUAUAUUUACGGGUAAAUUGAAAAUACUAGUUGAAAAAGUUAAUAUUCCAUUGCUUUUUUAAGUAGAAAUCUUACAAAUUAUUACAUUACUCUUUGCAUUUGCUAAAAUUAUAAACUUAAAUUUAACGAGUGUAUUCAUUGUUUGUAUAUGCAAUAAUUUAUUUCAUGCCCUUGAAGCAUGUUAGUCGUUACCUGAAAGUUCAUGACUAAACUAGAAAUAUUUUCCUCACUUUAUCGUAGUAAUUCACUUAUAUUUGUUUUUAUUUGAUAUGACUGUCUAUGUAUAAGCAAUUUAUGGUUAUCUGUAUAAUUUGGAUUUUCCUAUUCAUUUAGGUCUUAGGUAAUUCCUUCAUAUUGUGCCAUUUAGAUGUCU